GAGUUGUAUGUAUGUGAUGCAGGCUUUCCUCGACCACCGCAGCUCUUACGAGGUCCUGAUGCUUGUAGUCAGCGAAACAAACGGAGCCACCCCCGUGCUGAUGGCCUGCCGCAACGGUCACCUGGUGGUCGUGCAGUACCUUGUCGACAAAUGCAACGCCGACUUUGAACAAACUGGUUCUGUUGUAUUCGAGGGCGAGACGAUAGAGGGCGCGCCCCCACUGUGGUGUGCUGCAGCCGCUGGACACCUGAGCGUUGUGCGUUUCCUGGUGCAGCGAGGGGCCAAUAUCAACGCCACCACACGCACGCACUCCACACCCCUGCGUGCGGCUUGCUUCGACGGUCACUUCGAAAUUGUCAAGUUUCUCAUCUCGAACGGAGCCAACAUAGAGGUGUCGAACCGACAUGGGCACACGUGUCUGAUGAUCGCCUGCUAUAAGGGCCACUACAAGAUCGCGCAAUACCUGUUGAGUCUCGGUGCCAAAGUGAACACCAAGAGCGUCAAAGGCAAUACGGCGCUCCAUGACUGCGCAGAGUCCGGCAGCCUCGACAUUCUCAAAAUGCUCAUCCGGUUCGGAGCGACCAUCGACGUCGACUGUUAUGGUAUGACACCUCUUCUAGCGGCCAGUGUCACCGGCCACACCGACAUCGUGGAGUACUUGAUAACACACGAGGAUAGAGUCACCAGGCAGGAGUGUAUUGAUGCUUUGGAGCUAUUGGGAGCAACCUAUGUAGAUAAAAAGCGAGACAUGUUUGGCGCACUUGAGUUGUGGAAGAGAGCCAUGCACCUAAGAUCAGACGAGAGGAUGCCGAUUGCAAAACCAGCACAACCGGUCACAGUGGAGGCCUAUGAACAUUCACGUGAGAUCCGAACCCUGGAGGAACUGGACGACUUGCUGGCAGACCCAGACGAGAUGCGAAUGCAGUCACUGCUCAUCAGGGAGCGCAUUCUCGGACCGGCACACCCAGAUACCAGCUACUACAUCCGUUAUCGCGGCGCUGUUUAUGCUGACGCCGGAAAAUUCUCUCGCUGUAUCUCGCUGUGGUCUUAUGCGCUGGAUAUGCAACAACAGAUGCUCGACUCUCUCAACCCAAUGACGCAAUCUUCACUCUUCUCGUUCACCGAACUUUUUUCCUACAUGAUGGGCGAAGAAGGUAGGUCGAAUGCUCGCGGCAGACGCGUGCCAACCGUGACGUUCGAGGACAUAGUGCAAGUGCUGGAGCGAGCUGUGCGCGAGGUAGGCGCAGGUGUUCGCGCCGCAACCAAGCCAGGUGCCUCAGCCGACAUCACCCAACACCUGAAUCGGGUGCUGGUGAUAGCGCUGCACCUAGCGUGUCUGUUUGGUCGCCUCAGCACUCCCAUCACCAGCGACCAGCGUCACCUGGCGAACAGCUUAAUAUAUCAGCUUGUCAAAAUGAACGUCCGCGGUCUCAACGGGCAGACACCAUUGCACAUCGCCUGUAGUUCGGAGGCCACCCUCGUCGGACGAUAUCCUGCUUGCAGUUUCCCUUCGGUGCAGCUGGUUAAAAUGCUGAUGGCUGUUGGGGCAGAACCGAACGCGACAGACGACCAGGGGAAUACACCACUCCACAUAGCCGCGCGACUGCAGCCGUGCUCCACAGCGCUGGCCAAGGCACUUCUGGACGGGGGAGCCCAUCUGGACACCGUUGACCAGUCUGGACGCACCUUCCGCGACUACCAGCCCACCAUCUACAACAGUGUGCAACCUCUCAACUAUCUCAGGCUCACUUGUCUCGCCGCACAAGCCGUCAAACGCAACGCCAUCAGCUGCACAGCCAACGGAGAGCUGCCUGUCACGUUGCUUUCGCUCUUGCAUCACCACUGAAUCACCGUUCAACAACUUUACCAACUCUCAAUAUCCCUUCAAUCCAACUUACAAAUCCCUUAAUCAAUUAGGUAUCAGAUUAUCAACUUUAGGGCAGUUAAGAGACAAUAGAAAUCAACAUGUGUGAACAGUUCAACACAGUGGCUGGAUCCAGGAUUGGCCUAAGGGGGGGCUAGGAGUUUGGGGGGUAUGGAUACCCCCCAGCAAGGCGGGGGGUCCGGGGGAAUUGUCAAAAUUUAAGUGUAAAAUGACACAUUUUAGACCGUUUUUAAUUCUUUAUUGACCUGAGUUUAGAGGCAAAAAAUUAUGGUUUGACUAAAUUGAAUAAAAAUAAAAGGAUUUUGAAGCCAUUAGAAUGUUUUUGCAUUAACAUAUCAUAUCUGACCCUUUGACCAUAAUAAUUUGAACGUUGAAAGCUAUUACCUUUUCAUUUCAUGUACGGACAUACUUUAAGUACUGAUAUUACUUUUUUGCAAAUGAUUAAGUUUUGAAAAUAAACCUGUAUGUACAUUUUUAGUUAUUCUACCUUAUAAUAAGUUCUUAUAAUGCAUCACUUAUUAUAAAAGUAUUGUGUAAGUUUUAGCUGGUUUAUUCUUAUCUUGAAUUUAAAAGUUUACUGUUCAAAACAAAGAAAUAAGUUGAAUAUUUCAAAGGGCAGUAAAAAUGUAACAAAACGUAUUCAAAAGAAACUUUAAUGUUACAUCCUUUGGCAACCGAACAAAACAAAUUACCCAUUUUAUCUGCCCCCCCCCCUAGCCCCUCUUUGAAUCCGCCACUGAUUGAACAUUUUAGAAAGAAAAAUGGAAGUGCUAAAAAAACGGUUUGAAAUGAAAAAGGGAUUAUGUAAGGAGGCUGAGUUGUAUGUUAAUUGAACUUUAUUACAAAAUCAGCAUCGAAAAUGGGAACUCUAUUCAGCUUUGAAAAACUAUAAAGUGUGUCAUCAGAAAGCAGUUAUGGUAAAAAAGUGCUUCAGGCGUUGUAGAAUAUUCAGCAAGGAAAAACAUUCUAAAUAUGGCGUGAUGUUGAUUUCUGGACUAGUAUGUAUAUUAUUUUAAUAAUAAGUAUAUAUCGAUGUAUCAAAUUUUUUUUUAUCAUUGUACUAUUUCUGUCUUUCAUGUUUUGUUUUUUUUUAGUUUCAUUUCAAUAAUAAAUUAUUGUUAUUUUCAUAACAUAUCAUAAAUCUUCAUAUUAAAAUCAAACCACUCAUAUAAUUUACUUUUCUAGUUUGUUUCUGAAUUGAUGCAUCAAAUUAGUUGCCAUCACCUCAUCUUUUUCUCUGAUUAUUACAGGAAAAAUUCUUUAAAAAUUAUGAUUGUUUAUAAUUUUUGGAAGAAAAUGUUAAUUUUACAGAUUAUAUCACAUAUCAAAAGUUCAUCAACCAUCAUAAUAAUAUCAAUGUAUGGUAGGUCGCGUUUUCAGCGAUAGGCUUACGGUAAUAAAACGCUUUAAAUGUAAUUUAGAGAUAGUACUGUUUGUUCUCCUGCCAUGCUUCUGUCCUGACACUUAACACCCUUGAUCAGAAAUAGUUUAAUCUAUUGUCGAUCCUAUGAAUAAAACCGCACGUAUUUCACAAUAAAUUUCUCCUACAGUUACCAUUGAAUAUGAAAAGUGAGUUAAUAUUGGGUAAAAUGUCCUGAAAUCUAUCAACUGUUUGUCUAUGUAAUUUUGUUAUUUAUAACAACCUAAAUUUAAUUAUGGAUAAUCCAAUUGAAAAUUCAUAAUUUAUUUCAAUUAAUAAUUAAAUUAAUCCUAUCAAUUUGAAAAUUUAAAUAAUUUUCAAUUUCUUAAUAAUUUAUCAACCAAUCAAUUUAUAAAUAGAAAAAUAUUACUUGAAGUAAUGAAUAAUUAAUAAUAUUAAAAAUGUAUAAUAAAAUAUUUAUAAAAAUAACAAAGACAACAGAGAAUAUUUAUUGUAGUAUUCUAAUGUUUUUAUAUUAUGUUUAUUCACAUGGAUAUCAAACGGUAAUUAUUUAACCUCAAAAUUAUAAUUUAAUAGAAGCAUGUUGUUGUAUAAAGCUAAAUGUUGAGUUAUGGAUGAUAAAAAAAUUAAUCUACGGUUGAAUAUUAUAAAAUUAUUGUUGAUAAAACACUUUGAACUCUGAAUACACUUAGAAUUCUCAACACUUACUAUACAUUUUGAAUUCUUAAAACGUUACUAUUCACAAUUUGAAUUUAUUAAACACUUACUAAACUCUUUGAAUACUAAAAAAAUCUAAUAAUUUGAAUCUCUAUUACAUCUUAAAUAAUCAAUAUUAUAGAAUAAUAAUUAAUCAAUUAUAAAACACGUAAAUAUUAUAAAGCCCGUGACAUUUGUAAACAAACUUCACUUAACAACAACAAAAUACUAAAAACUGAUGACAGAAUAUCAGUGUCAGCUGAGUUGAGACUCCACCAACUAUCGUCGCCAUUUUACCUAGAUUUUCACACAGGUGCAGGUCCGGUAUUUAGGAGGUCCAGAUACAACCCAUCAACUAUUUUGGUGUUGCAAAUCUGGAGUAUGUAAAGUAAUCACUUUGCACACUAGUAAGGAAAAGUGAUUCUUUGCAUUCUGUAAUCAGUACAGUAAUGAUCACUUUUCAAGGUAACUGUAGGAAAAUAAAAUUAUUGUGAAUAAAAUUUACAAUCAUGGUAGAAUACAUUCGAUAUUCUGUAAAAAAAUCAAUAUAGAAUAUCGAAGUAAAUAUUAUAAAAACCCCAUUUCUAAGGAAUUGUAGUGAAAAAUGUUAUAUUUUAUUGAAAAAUGUUAUAUUUUAUUAAAAAAAUGUUAUAUUUUAUUAAAAAACUCCAUUUCUAAUAAAUUGUAGUGAAAAAUGUUAUAUUUUAUUAAUAAAAUAUUAUAUUUUAUUGAACGAACGUUAGCAAGGCCACUAUAUAAAAACUAUAUAUCUAUAUAAAUAACUGUAAUGCAUAUUUUUUUUAGGAGCAAAUUUAAUUAGAUUGGAUUUUCAAAUUAGGGGGCCUUGAAGACCACAUAAAAUGUCCCGUCCUUAGACCGGUUAUAGAAUAGACACGCCCCAUACUGAAAGUCGAUGAAAGCAACAUCUACUGCCAUAUCGCCCCAUCGUUACGUCAGCAUCAUAUAGAAAACUUUUCUGUAGAGUUUGUUUACAUUAAUAAAACAAUAUAAAAUCUUAUAGCACCCUUUAUUUUUAAAAACUACUAGAGUUCUCGACUUUGGAGCGGAUGUUGUUCCUCGGUUCGAAUCCCGGCUCCAUCCAAUUUUAUUUGUACUUGAUUUUUUCCCUUAGAACGUAUUAUUAUAAAUUAUUUUUUGAUUGAAGUUGUUUUCAGUAUGAUUGAACUUAGAUUUCAUCAAAUAAUUAUUUAAUGUAAAAUUUGCAACCAGUACAAAUGAAAUGGACAUAGCAUAUGCUGUAUCAAUGGAAUUCAUAAGAAAAACAUGAAUAGAUCACAAUAAAAUUAGUAAUAAUUUAUAUUCUUCAGUUAUAAUGUACUAUCAGACACAAAUUCGGAAACGAAUAUUUAUUUAUUUCUUACAAAAACGAGGAAGACUACAGGCAUUAAGCCCAAAACAGUCUUCAAUUUAGUAUUGUAGGUUUUUUGUUAGGUACCGGUAUUUGGGAAACAAAUGGCUACCUGAUUCAAAUUAAGUAGGAUCUAAUCGAUACUAAAAUUGAUGUAUUGAAAAAAAAUAAUAUUAUACUGUUAGGUUUUCAAGUAUUAUGUCUUCUUCAGUUAUCUAUUAGAUAAUAAUGGAAAGAAUUGGCUUAUACACUUAUUAUACACAUACGGGAUAGGAAAUUCAUGAAUGACGCCUCAUCUUGAAAAUUUGCAUAUAAAUUCUUGAUUUUUACCAAGGAUGAUUGAAGGUCUAUUUUAGAUUCUUCAAGAAUUCAGUAGCUCAAGUUUUUAAUUAGACCCUUGCGCAGCACGGGUUACCUGCAAGUAUAUUAUAUAAUGCUGACGUCACAAUGGGGCGAUAUGGCAGUAGAUGUUGGCUUCAUCGACUUUCAGCAUGAAUAUACAAUGGGGCGUGUCUAUUCUAUAAGUGGUCUAAGGUCCCGUCAGAGCUAGUGGUAGCGCUGAGCUACUCCGAUCCGAUGUUAGGUAGUUAUUUCUGUCGCUCCUUGUAAGAAUUGUUUUUUCAUUAUAAUAGUUCAUAUUUUUGUCAAUAGAAUAUCUGAUUUGUUGUUAAUCACAAUCAUGUAUGUGCAAGAUGAUUCAAUUUCGUUGUUUCGUAAAGAAAAGUCAAUCGUGGAUUCAAAAAAGAAACAAGUGCUACAACUUUUGCCUGUCUACUUUAAAUCAUCUGAAGUCUGGAUCAUGGCAAUUCAGCCAUCUUUCCAUCAAUAUUGAUCACUUGGUUAUUGUACAAGUCUCUUCAUCAAUAUGUUAGCAUUUUUGAUGAAGAUCUUCUCCAGGUAAAAUAACUAUUAAACCCCGGAUAAAAUCAUUUCUGGUAUUCCUAUUAUAACGCACAUAUUUUUAUUAAAUCCUUAAUGCUACAUUGCAUAAUUAUUGCGGUAUUAUUCUACAGAUAAUUAUACUUCUGUAGUCGGUUAUCUCUAUGGAAAUAGAGAGUGCGCUUCUAUGUUUUGAUAAAUAAUUCAAUAGAAUCAACUACACAAAUUUAUGGUUAUUCAUGGCCAUCAAGUUUUUCAAGUUUGACCCAAGCGAAACAAAUGUUGGAUCAUAUUGUACACCACUUGGCACUUUUAUGAUUUAUGUAGUGCAUUUUAAUUAUCAUUAGUGUAAGUCGCUCGGGUCCAUCCCGUGGCUUUAUUUUGUGUAGACUAUAUAUAAUAAAAUACCUAGUAGUAUAGUGGAUUAUCUUCAAUAAAUAUUCACUUAAUUAUCUUCAAU